AUGACCUGGUCAGGAUGCAAGCGAAUUUCAUCAGGCGACAUUCUUGGGGCAGAGGGUGUAACAGCUAGUCAUGCAAUAUCCGUUCACUUUCUGCCUGGACAAAAAGUUGCGGUCCAUGGGUCCCAAAAUGGAUUGUCCGGGAUCUUUGACUUUGAAUGCCACUGGAAUUCUCCGAGCGAUCACAAUGCCCGAACGCCUUAUUGUGGGGGCUGCCAGAAUUUCUAA